AUGGCAUAUUGUGCUUAUAUGGAAGUUAUUCAUACAUGGCAAUUGAGGACUAUUGUUGACAAUCACAUAUGUAGUAGAGAGCACAAAUUAAGAUUGUUUAAUGCAAAUUGGCUCAGUAAGAGAUUGGAAAAAACUGUUAGAGAAAAUCCCCAAGUAAAGGGAGUGGAAAUUCGGGAGAAGAUAAGUAGAAAAUGGAAUGUAGGUGUAUCUAAAUGUGUGGCUUAUAGGGCAAAGGCCAUUGCUUCAGACCAUGUUGAUGGGUCUUUCAAAGACCAAUAUAGAAGGAUUUAUGACUAUGCGAAUGAGCUCCUAGCUCGUAAUCCAAGAUCAACGGUGAAGGUCAAAGUUGAAGAGACUGUGGAUGGAAACAUUUUUAAGAGGUUUUAUACAUGUUUGAAGGCUUGCAAGGAUAGUUUUGUGUCCUGCAGGCCAAUUAUUGGGUUGGAUGGUGCUUUUCUAAAAGGGAAAUAUGGUGGAGAAAUGUUAACUGCUAUUGGUAGAGAUGCAAAUGACCAAAUGCUACCUCUAGCUUAUGCUGUGGUGGAAGUUGAGAACAAGGAAACUUGGAGAUGGUUCCUUGAACUUCUUGUUGAAGAUCUUGGUGGGAUAGAAGUUGCUUCAUCAUUUACAAUCAUUUCGGACCAGCAAAAGGGACUGCUGCAAGCUAUUCAAGAAGUGAUCCCUAGAGUUGAUCAACGUUUCUGUGUUAGGCACCUUUACGCGAAUUUCAGAAAGCAAUUCCCUGGAAAACAACUAAAGCGAUUGAUGUGGAAGGCAGCUACAGCAACUCAUCCACAAACAUGGGAAGCAGAAUUGAGAAAUAUAACACAACUUAAUGAUGAUGCUUUCAAAUACUUGUUAAAAAUCCCUCCCAGGCAUUGGUCAAGAUCAAGAUUUAUCAGCAAACCUCAGUGUGAUACUUUGGUAAACAACAUGUCAGAGGCUUUCAAUAGUGUAAUGCUGCAUACAAGGUCUAAGCCAAUUGUAAGCAUGUUGGAGGACAUCCGCCUUUAUUUGAUGAAGAGAUGGGAAACUAACAGGACAAAAAGCCAAUCAUUGUCUGGGGAGAUUUGUCCAAAAAUCAAGACUAGACUAAAUAAGGAGUCUCAGUUAACUAAAUAUUGGAUUGCAUGCUGGUCAGGCAACAAGAUUUUUGAAGUUCGCCAUGUGUCCCAAGCUGGUGAUAAGUUUAUAGUAAAUUUAGAUGAAAAAGUGUGUUCAUGCAGGAAGUGGGAAAUCACUGCCAUACCAUGUUGCCACUCCUUGGCUGCCAUGAAAUUCUUAAAUGUAGAUGCAGAGGACUUCAUCCCAUGUUGCUUCAGGAAGUCAACAUAUGAAGAAAUAUAUUCUUCAAUUGUCUACCCCAUAAAUGGAAACAAUAUGUGGGACAUUACCACAUAUGUUGAUGUCCUCCCUCCACCGAAAAGGGUAUUGCCUGGGAGGCCAAAGAAGAAGAGAAGAGUGCAGCAAUGGGAAUUGGUCAAGGACGACAAAAGAAUGAGGAAGGGUGGUUUAAAGAAAAGAUGUGGCAUUUGCAAGGAGCUCGACCACAAUAGGAAGUCUUGCACCAAAGGAAAACAGGCCCCUGAUUUGAACUGUUAA